AGAGCGUUGAGACGCGGCGAGCUUCUAUCGUCGAGCGCUGUCAGGCAAACGAGCAGUGGGAAGGGGUACACCAUAUAACUUUACAAGCUAAUAUACAAGGAAAAUAAACAGAUCGACAUUGUGUGUAGAAGUAUGCUCGGUUUUGGUGUCAAUCCAACCGCUAACCGAUCGCCAUCCUGGAAGAAAUGGAUCAAGUUAAUCACGCAAGGAGGGGCUAUUAUGGAGCUGAAAAAAGCGGCAAUCAUUCCGGAUGUUGGGUCGAAAUUAAUCCGCAGCAAAGGAUUCAAUCUUACAGAUGAAGAAGUAAUGGCAAUCAGUCAAUGUUUUCACAGCGACCAACACCCGGAAACUAUUCGUGCCAGCGGAUGUACGUAUUGUCUGAAGAGCGCAUGUCAGGAACAGGUUGUCGCCUUCAAUGGUGGACGGUACCUGAUUGUCAGCAAGACGAAGAGCAUCAUCAUUGUGGCGGUGUGUGAAUCCAAGGCCAAACUCUCCGCCGCCUCCACGUGGCUCCUGCGAAUCGCCUCUUCCAUAUCGUGAGUGACUUGAGUCGCCACAACGAAAGAAUUGAACGCACAACGACUUCAGCACAUCCCGGGACCAAGAAGAACAAACUACACUUCAACUUCGACUGUCUAUUCCUUUAUAGAAAUGUGCCAUGUGUCUUAAGGCUCCGGUGUUGAUCCGUCCUUGAUCAAGGUACUGUUUGUCCUCAACAAGUUACCAACGUCAGUAUCGUGGCACCGUUUCCAUGGUGUUUGACCAAGAAAUGUUGACACUGGAAAUGGGAAGCUUAGAAACGCAGGAGUGUCCAAAGAGACAAGGGAUUCGUUGGUGUUUUGAAAGGUACAAAAUCGGUUAGAUGGUACUGUUUGCAAACCGGUAUUUCUCGGUAUUUGACAAAGGAAUAGCCUGUAUACUACGUCUAUAUUGCAAAUGUUUGUGAGGGUGAUAUUUGAUAAGGUAACAAGUUCUUUGACAAAAUGUUGACAAAGUACCAGCCGUGAUAUCAUCAAUGCGCAUGACACGAAACUGCUCAUAUCUUGUAUCCUGCCCGAUAUGUUGACCAGAGUCUCCAUUUGUUGAUGACACAUGUUCGCGUGUACCACUGCUUUGCUCAAACAAACCGGAUCUCAUGUACAGAUACAUAUUCAAAACAACCUCCAUUUUAUGGUCUGGAUUUGAAGUGAUGUGAAUACAUCAUUUAAACUGGCAUCACACACUAUACUACUGGCCACUGAAGAUUGUGUAACGACUACGACAAAUCUUAAAGAAUUAACAUUAAGAUGUAGUUAAAAUAGCGUUGCAAUGAGAUUAGUUUUACAGUAUUGAAUUUUCAAACGACCAUGACAAAAGCGCCUGAUUAAAUCUCGACGUGAAUUUGUAUGCGGUAUAUAGCAAACAGGCUGUGAGGGGACACCGAAUACAAUGGAGCGUGCAAUGGAGGAUACCAUCGUAGGGCGAGAUCAAAUCCUUCGCAUGACUAUUGUGUGUUAUUGUACGUAAUGUGUCUGUCGUGUAAUAAACAUGUACAACCUAAUAAAGACAUUUUGUUGA